UGCGCCCUCCUCCUUUCGUGUCCGCGCGUCGGCUUGGCAGUCACAAGUACAACACGUAAAAACGGGCGACCACGAGCCCACGUCCCCACUUCCGAUCGCCUGCCUUCCUCCGCACACAACCCUAGCCCGCCGGCCACCAAACAAACAAUGGAGAUCUCAGCCGCCACGGCCACCGCCGGCUCUUCCCCGCCAGCCAAGACGGUCCUCCUCCGCCCCCAGGCCACCUCCUCCACCACCACCACCAUCGGCCGCCGCUCCCCCGCCUCCGCCUCGGCCACCGUCCGCCGCGGCGCGCGCACGCGCCCCCGCACCCGACGUUCCAAGACCACAUCCGGCGCGGGCGACUCUUUAUCCGGCGAUGACGGGGACGUCCCCUUCGGACCCGGCAGUGGCGGGAGCGGCGGCGGCGGCGGGUGGAACUAUGGUUUCGGAUCCGGAUCUGGUCAAGGCUGGGACUCAUCGGAGCCUGACGUCCCCGCGCCCCGCCGAUCGGCGGCUGAGGUGGCGCUCGGGGUGGUCUACGAGCUCAUGUGCCUCAUCGCGCUCUCCAACUGCACCCAGUUCGCCGUGCGGAGGCUCGCGGGGCUCCUCGCUGCUCGCGUCGCCGCGCUGCGCUUCGUCCCCAGAGUCUGCUGAGGCGGGGAUCCGGUCGGACGGUUCAGUCGCCUACUGACCCGUCUCUCCUGAUGUAGGAUCUGCUUCCUCUACCCGAAUUCUGCUUGUGUAUAUAUGUGCGUACCUGUGAAUUUGGGGCUGGGGGACUAGGAUCCUUGCUCUGGCGAUCCGUGGAAACCUAUUUGUCGAAUUGCAAUGGAAUAACAUAUGAACAAGACCUUCUAUUUUCUUGGACCAA